AUGCCCCGCUGGUCACUGCAAAUAAACGGCUGCGAUCAAGCAGGGUCCGAGCGCACAGAGGAACCUUCCUCUCACCCGCCGCGGAGACCUACAGGUGCAGCAGAGCGGCUCAAGUCCCGCAGUUACAUUGGAAGCAGCUUCUCAGGUGGGGGUAUGGAAUCUAUAGCUGCUUCUGCCGCUGCAGCUGCUGCUUCGGCGUCUAGUGUUGAGUCGAGUAGAAAACCAGGUGCUGCUGCACAGAGGCUUAAGUCCAGCAGCUUCAUUGGGCGGAGUUUUUCUGGGGGGGGUGUGGAGUCUGCAUCUGCUUCUGCUGCUGCUGCGGCGGCGUCUAUCCGCGCUGCAUUACGGGCGUCCGUGCUUCGAAGCUCGUCAGGAGUGGGGAAAGAGGGGCAGGCGGGAGAUGGACAGGGGAGAGAGGGACAGGGGGGACAGGCAGGAGGGGGGCAGAAAGGGAGAAGCGGAGGUUCGGGUCGAUGGUUGAUUGCAAAGAGCUUCUCAGGAAGCCGUGCUCGCACAGGUGAUGCUGCUGCUGAUGCUGCUGCUGAUGCUGCUGCUGCUGCUGUUGCUGCUGCUGCUGGUAGUGAUGCUGCUGCUACUAAUGGUGAUGUUGAGGCUGCUGACAGUAAGUUUCGGGUGGAUGAGUCACGUUCGGCCAGCGUGCGAGGCACGGGUGGGGAGGAGGAGGAGGGAUUUGGAGUGUGUGGCAGGGAGAGCAGGGACGGUGGCAGGAGAGAAGGGAUGGAGGAAGAGGAGGGAUCAGGAGAGUGUGGUGGGGGGAGCAUUGACAGUGAGGAGGAGGAGAGUGAGAAAGAGGAGGAAGAGCGGGGAGAGGGGGGAGAAGAGGAAGAGGGGGAAGAGGUGGAAGAGGAGGAGGGCGAGGAAGUAGCUGUAGGGAGAGGGUUGUGGGAAGAUUACAACGAGGGUGGAACUCUGAGAGCCGAGAUGAGCUUACGAGACAGUGGAUGGUCACCGGAGCAAGGGCAGUACGGAGCAGCGGAUUGGAUGAAGCACCCCAGCAGCAGGUUGAUAGCAAUGAAUCGAGAUGAGGUGGACGAGGAAGAGGAGGGAGAGGAGGGAGAGGAGGGUGAAAGAGAGGAGGGUGAAGGAGAGGAAGAGGAAGGAGAGGAGGGAGAGGAGGAGGAGAGGCAGGGCUUCAUCCUGAGCAGCGGAGGUGUGGAAAUGGAGGGUGCUGGGUGGCGGGAAGGGGGUUUCCAGGAAUCUUCCGAGCCAAUGCAAGAUUCAAAACUAGGUGAUACUCCGGAUGGAAGCUUCCAGGAAAAUGAGAACGACGGAGGAGGGUUUGGGAUGGAUAGGAGGCUAUUGAUGGGUGCUCCUUCGCUCAACCCCAAUGCAGUGUUUGAAACGCCCCAGCAGCAAAGGGCGCUCAUAGGAGCCCCUUCUCUCAACCCUAACGCAGAUUUCGAGACUCCUCAGAAAAGGGUUUUGAUGGGAGCUCCUUCGCUCAAUCCUGAUGCAGUUUUUGAGGUGCCCCAGCAGAGGGAGCUUAUAGGGGCGCCGUCCCUUAACCCUGACGCGGGCUCACAGGCGUUUUGGGCGAGUUUGAAGGAGGGGAGAGGGGCGGAUGUGUGGCAUAGGGAGGCGGAGACGAUUGCGGAAGAGGGGGAUGGGGGAGAGGGAGGGGAAGGGGAAGAGGAUGGGGAGGGGGAGGAGGGGGAUGGGGCGAGUGGUGUGUUUGAUCUGGCGCAAGGGCUGAUGAUGCAGGGAGAGGGGGGAGGUGUGGAAGAAGGAGGAGGGUUCGGUUUUGAUGUGGGGGAGAGGGAGGAGGGAAACUGGGAUGGAGGAGCAGCAGGGUACGAGGUUGGUGGCAGCAGGAGUAUGGGGCGAGACAUGGGUGUUGGUGGUCCGUGGGAGUCAGUGCGAGAAGCAGAGAGGGAAAUGGAUUCAGUAUGCAGCAGCAGCAGCACUGCAAUGCUGUUCCGAGGGAGUCAGAGCCUGGGAGCACCGGGAGUUCAAGGGGAGCUUCAAGAGAGGGAUGAUGGAAAUGGGGAGUUUCAAGAAGGCGAGGUUGGAUCAGACCUGUGGGGAAGGGCUGCAAGGGUUGAAAGCAGAUAUUCUUCCCAGGAGAAAAGCAGCAGCAGCAGCUUUCAGGCGUCCCCUGCAUCACCCAUGGGAAACGAUGGAGGCGAGGGAGGUGCGGGGGAAGGAGGGUGGCGCGAAGGAGGAGGAGGAGUUGACGGAGGGGUUGAAGGGAACUGGCUAGCAAGAGAAGGAGCAGCAGUUGCAGCGACAGAAGUAGUAGCAGGGGGCAUGGUUCAGAGAGAAGAUACAGUAGAGGAAAUGAGAGGAGGAGGGGGAGGGGGAACACCAGUAGCAGCAGCAGGGGCAAGUACAAUGAGGGGAGGAGGAGCAGAGGCAGCAGCAGUAGACAAGGAAGCAGCACUGGAAAACGCGUGGAUGAUGGCGGAAGGGGAAGAGGAAGAAGAAACUCCAGAUUUUGACGAUUUCAGCCGCACACGAACCUUCACCUCUGCCAUCCUAGCCGGAAUCACCAAGAGAGUCACCGGGCCUAAGGCUGGGCCUGCCAAGCCUGGAGCCACCAAGCCUGGGUUCGCCAUGCCUGGGCUUGGCAAGAGGGAGGAUCCGGGUAGUAGCAGCAAGACGGUGGUUCCGAGGACUGUUAGUGAUAUGCUCAAGGAUGCGGCAAAGGAGGGAAUGGUGAAGGGCGAGGGGAAGCAGGGCAAGUGGUGGGCUUUCAGGGAGAAAGGGGAAGAGAGCGGUAGGGUGUUAGGGGGGCCUGGAUGGGGUAUUCUGGCCUCCAAGCCGAGACCAGGGGAGGAGGGAGGGGGUUUAAAGGGUGCACCUGCACUGGAGGCACAUGGUCUAGGUGGGUCAGGUAGGUUAGGUGGGCACAAUGGGGAUAGUAAGGACGAGGAGGAGAAGGAGCGGGGCGGACUGUUUGGUUCCGCUCAUACCCAACACCACCACGACUCGCGGCAGAAGUCGCAGAUUUCGUUUGGGUCUGUUGCUGAUUCUGCUCUGCUGUCUGGCCUGCCUUCGUUCCUUAAGUCGGUCACUUUCACCUCUGCUGAAGCCCAGGCGCACCACAAGCAGCAGCAGCAGCAAGAGGAGGAGGGGGAGGAUCAGCUGCGGAUGCAGCAGGGGGAUGAGAUGCCGGCAGAGUUAUCAAGUCAUGCACAGGAGAUUGAGACACAUGGGGGACCGUACGAGUCGUAUGAAUCGCGGGAACACACACAACAGCACAGAGAAGCAGAUGAGGAGGAGAACCCUGAAGAGCAGCAGCAGCAGCAGCAGCAGCAGCAUAGGCCGUGGGGGUCUGCUGUGGGGUGCAGCCCGGUGGAGGAGGGUACAGCACGGUACCCUGCAAAUCAGCAGCACAGCGAUGGCUUGUGGGGCAGCAGUGGGGUGCACUGGAGGAGCAGUGGCAGUGCGGUGGAACGGCUGAGGGACGAGGCUGGCUGUGCUGCUUCCGACCCCAGCAGGGGUAGGAGCCUUUCCCGAAUGCGCCCUGGUGUCAGUGCCUCUUUCUCUGGUCGUCUGCCUGCUGCUGCUACUGGUACUGCUGCUGCUGCUUCUGCUGCUAAUGUUCCAACUACCACUACUGGUGAUGGUGCAACUACCCCCAUUGGUAAUGGCGCAACGACCCCGACUGGUGGUGAUGCGUCUGGCCCUGCUAUCAGCCCUGUUGUCACUCCACGUGUUGCCUACUUCUCCUUCGACAAGUACCGCGAGGCUGUAGCAGGGGGAGGCUCGUCCGGGGGAGGUGCAUCUGCAGAGGAGCGCGAUGCGGAGGGGUACCUGCUAUCUCACUCCUUUGGCAGCGGCAGGGCUAGAAGCAGGAGCAGCUUCAGCGGCAGAUACGGCAGCAGCAUUGGCGGUGGUGGUGGUAGCGGGAGUUUGACUCCCCCUCCUAGAGGAGCAUUGGGGAAGAGUGGCAGCAGUUGCUUGACCCCUCCUUCUGGCGCACUGGACAAGAGAGCGAGGGAACGAGAAGCAGAUAGAUGGAACGAGGCAGAGCAAGGGGAUGGUGUGCGAGGGCGAGUAGGGUCAGGCCGCAUGAGUGGAGAGGGGGAGGGGGUGCUUCUGACUGCCAGUCUGGGAAGGCGGGUUGGGGAAGGGCAAGGGGGUUUGCGUGGGUCGCGGCUGGGGAAGGGUGGUAGGGGCGACAAGGCGGCAGUGAGAGGGGUGGAGGAGGGUGAGAGAGAGGAGGGGGAGGAGGAGGAGGUGGGGAGUUGUGGUUCCUGUGCAAGCAGGGUGGCGGAUGGAGCGUCGGGUGGGGCACGGCCAAAGUACGACAGGAAGGCCAGAGACAUGCGAUUGCACUCCACACCUGAGCGGCAGCGGCCUCUGGAGCGUCCGGCAACCUCAUCUGCUGCAGCAGGGGUUGGCAGGCCCCCCAUCCACCACGCCCACUCCGCCUCUCUGGCUGCUCGUUCUGCUUUUUAUUUGUGCAACUCCCCUUCCUUCCUCUCUCUUCUACCCACCGCCCCCGACACCAGGAGUCGCACCUUUGGCAAUCCAGAAGAGCUCGUGGACCUCUACCCUCCCCCCGGCGCCUUCGAGCGGUCCCACUCCACACCCGAGCGGCGGCGGCCUCUUGAUCGCCCAGCAACCUCCUCUGCUGCAGCAGGGGCUGGGAGACCUCCCAUCCACCACGCCCACUCCGCCUCUCUGGCUGCUCGCUCCCUGGUGAACGGGCAUGGGAGUGGGCAGAGGCUGAGAGGAGGUGAGUCCGGGCGGAUUGGAGGGAGCAGAUUGUCUGGGAAACAGCAGAGGAACCAGGGGUGGGACGAGCAGCAGGGGCGGUAUGGGGAGGAGCAUGAGCACAAGCAGGGGUAUGAGGAGCAGCAGUAUGAGCAGAACUAUCAGCCGCAGCAAGUGCAGGAGAAGAAACAGCAGAAGGGGCGUAAGGAGUCGGGGGCAGCGCUGCAUGUGGCGUGGAGGCAGUUGGAAGGGGAGGAGGAGGAGGAGGAGGAAGAGUGGGAUAGGCAGAAUUCAGAUCCUGUGGCAGGCGGCAGGGGGAGGGUGAAGGCUGUAAGGAAGCUAGUGGAGGACGAGGAGAAUGGAGAGUGGGGACGGCAGAACUCAGAUCCUGUGACAAGCGGCAGGGGGAGAGUGAAGGCUGUAAGGAGGCAAGUUCGGGAGGAGGAGGAUGGAGAGUGGGGCAGGCAGAAUUCAGAUCCUGUAAAAGGGAGCAGGGAGAGGGUGAGGGCUGGAGGGAGGCACGUGGAGAAUGAGGAGGAUGGGGAGGAUGGAGAAUGGGGACGGCAGCACUCAGAACCUGCGAAACCCGGCAGGGAGAGGGUUAAGGCUGGAAAGGGGCACGUGGAGAACGAGGAGGAUGGGAGUGAUGGAGAAUGGGGACGGCGGCACUCAGAACCUGUGAAAGGCGGCAGGGAGAGGGUGAAGGUGGGAAGGGGGGACGAGGAGGUUGAGGAGGAGAGAGAGUGGGAUUCUGUGGAAGGCGGCCGGUCUGUGAAUGCUGGAUGGAGGCAUGAGGAGGCCGAUGAGGAGGAAGGAGAAUGGGCUGAGGAGGACGGAAAGUGGGGCAGGCAGACGCACUGGAAUUGUGUGAAAGAUGGCAGGGAGAGGGAGAAGGCGGGACGGAGGCAAGUGGAGGAGAGGGAGAUGAUUGGAUACGGUGGGGAUGGUUAUGAGGAGAACACAGAGGAGGAAGAGGAAGAGGCAGGGGAUGGGGAAGAGGUGGAGGAAGAGGAGGAGGAUGAUGAAGAGGAGGAGGAGGAGGAUGGGGAAGAGGUGGUGGAGAGUGGACAAACGAGAUGGUCCAGAGAUCGUGGUACAAGCUCAGGGAAAGGGACUGGGGUCAAAUCUGGGGAAGGGAGAGCAGGGACAAAAUCUGAGAAUAAGCCUUCGUACAGGUGCGACAGUGGACGGGGAAAGGUCGAUGGAAGAAACAGUGGGAGUGAGGGCGAGGAGGAGCAAGGGGGGAGGAAAUUUACUUAUGAGAAGGAGCGUUCGCGAGGAAAGGGGAGAGGAGGGAGGGGGUGGGAAGGAGGCAGUGGUGGUUAUGGGGAGAGGCGGCAGCAAUGGCAUGACAGUCAAGAUCGGAAUGAGGAGGAAGGGGAGGGCAUGGAGGAGGAGGGAGAGGGGGAAGGGAGUGCUAACGAGGAUAGUAAGGAGUGGAGUGAGUGUGAGGAUAGUGAGGUGGAGAACGGGGAUGGUGAAGGGAGUGGGGAAGUGGUGAGUGGAGAUGAGGAGGAGAGUGCACAGCAUGCAGUACGCAGAAAGAGCGGAGAGGAACACGAGGAACAGUACAGCCACAGAGGCGGGGACAGAGAUGGGGACAGGAAGAAACCGUCGCAAAGGAGCAGUGGUCGGCAGCAGCAGAAUGCAUGGGGGCUUGCAGAGAGGUGUAACGGAGAAAAGGAAGGCAUGCACAGCAGGUACAAAGGGGAGGGGGAUGAAGUGUAUAGAAGAAAUGGGGAAGAAGUACCGAUAUAUGGGAGUGAUGUGUACGAUAGGGGCUAUGGAGGCAUGAGGGGAGGUGAGGUGGAAGAUGGGGGUGGAUACAGAAAGGGCCGCUCUAGUAACGAGAAGUACACUCAUCAGGAAGACGAGAGGGGUGCAGCGAGGAAUAGUGGUGCACGCCACUCACGCACUUCCAGCUGCUUGGACCAGAAGAGUCAGGAGGGCGAGAGAAAUGCAGCAAGGGGUGGUGGUAGUAAUAGUGGUGCACACCACUCGCGCACUUCCAGCUGCUUGGACCAGAAGAGUCAAGAGGGCGAGAGAAGUGCAGCAAGGGUUAGUGGUAGUGGUAGUGGUGCACGCCACUCCCGCACUUCCAGCUGGUUGGACCAGAAGAGCCACUCUCACCGGCCCGGUCGAUAG